AUGGCUCAGUCUACCCAGUCCGGCUCGCUUCCGGUCCCACCGACACCGUCCUCCCCUCUAUCCUCCCAGAUUGACCUUUUAGUGGCGCUCCAGCUGUGGUCCUGGCCGGCCUUGACACUUGCGAUCCAGAACUCCUGGGGCGGCUCUGCACAGGUCUCAAAUGACAAGAGAGACUGGUUCGCCGGCGCUGUGUCUGAACUGCUCACCUCGAGUCCUCCACAGCUGGCAGAUGUUAGCGACCUGGAAGAAGUGUUAAUACAAGUCAUGCUUGAUGAAUUUGAGGUCGUGGUCGACGAUGGUAGCGCCGAAGAGACUGCCCAAAAGAUCUGGAGUGGAUCGACUAAGCUGAUCGGCGGAGACACUUCUGAAUUGAACGAGCUCUAUGCGAAAUGGCAAGAGAAGCAGAAAAAUGGAGGUGACAAGGUCGUCGGCAUUGUCAGAGGGGAGGACAAGGAGGCUGAAGACACCGACUGGGACGAUGACGACGAUGGCAGUGAAGAGGAGGAAGAGUGGAAUGGAUUUCCUGACCGACCCGACGUGCAGAUGGAUGACGCUCCUUCAAUCAUUGACAUCGACUGGAAACCAAAGCAGAAGCCCGAGCCAGAGGUUGACGAGGAUGGCUUUACCAAGGUUGUGAGCAAGAAGAAGAGAUGA